AUGGCGGCUGCCACAAGGCUCAUCUCAAGGUUGACGCUGGUCACCGGUGGAGGCAGUGGGAUCGGGCGGGCGGUGUGCCAGCGUUUCGCCUCUGAGGGCGCCUCCGUGGUGGUCGCCGACAUCAGCGAGGAGUCGGCCAAUGAGACGCUGGGGAGUCUGCAGAGCGACCUCAGAGGGCAGGUCCACACGGCGGCUGUGGUGGACGUGUCGUCUAAAGAGAGCAUCAAGAAGCUGUUAACGAGCUUGCAGACUCGGUACUUCCAGCCUCCCUCGGUGUGCGUGAAUGCAGCCGGCAUCACUCAGGACGACUUCCUGCUCAACAUGGAGGAGGAGCAGUUUGAUAAAGUCAUCCAGAUCAACCUGAAGGGUUCAUUCUUGAUCACUCAGGCGGUUGCUCAGGCUCUGGUGGCCUGUGGAGCGCCCAAAGGAUCCAUCAUUACUGUGGGCAGUAUCGUGGGAAAGGUAGGAAACAUCGGUCAGGCUAACUACGCUGCCUCUAAAGCUGGAGUCGAGGGUUUAACCAGGACCGCCGCCAAAGAGCUCAGCAGGUUUGGGAUUCGCUGUAACUGCGUGCUGCCGGGGUUCAUUACGACUCCGAUGACAGAUAAAGUGCCAGAGAAGGUUAUUAGCAAGAUCGAGUCCUUGGUGCCUCUGGGAAGGAUGGGCGAGCCGGCGGAGGUCGCUGAUGUCUGCGCCUUCCUCGCCUCGGACGACUCUCAGUACAUCACCGGAGCCAGCAUCGAAGUGACAGGCGGACUUUUCAUGGGUUAAAUCAGCCGUCCGGCGAGCACGUGACUGAAGACUGUGAGACUAGUUUCUACGUAAUUAUUAUUUUUGACUCUGAUUUUGAUUUUGUGAAUGUUUUUGUAAUUUUGAUGUGAACCUGUCACAUGUUGUCUUAAUAAACACUAGAAUGUAAUGUUGAAUCUGAAUGAAGCUUUAAAAAAAGUUUUCACAUGUUUGUGUGUUUUUGGGGCACAGCUGGUUUGAAGCAGCUACUUUUGAGUUACAGGCAUGUUUUAGUUUUUAGUGUCUCCAUACCAUCAUCACCACCAGAGCCUCCUCAGGUUUUCUGUCUUCUCUGAGAAGGUUUACAUAAUAACUCUGGCUUUAAAAACAUUGUUGGAGGUCAAAGGUCAGCACACACAGUUUGAACCUGAAGGCUGAGCGUCCUCAGAUGUUGCAGGUGUUUAACUCUGAGCUGUGAGCUGAGCUGCUGGCAGGCCUUUCAGGGCUGUUUGUUUCCUAAUCAGAAGCAUCUUUGCUCCAUCUGUGCUGCAGUUUUUCUGUCUUUUAUUGUUGAAACCACAGCAGGUUUCACUUUGAGUCGUCUUCAGCAGAUGCUGUUUCUCAGCUAAACAUGUGAGUUUGGAAACAGGACGUCUCAAAGACGACGUACCAGCACAUUACGUCCAAUGUUCCCUCUAAGCUGCGCACGUGCGCAAUUGCGCACUGCUGGCACGGUCUCUGCGCACAGAAAAUCUGCGUUGCGCACAAAAAAAAAUCUAACCUGAAUUGAAAUUAAAAUGAAUACUUUAACAAUUCUGUUUUGCAGUGUUAGUCAGUAAGUGACUGGCUGCUCCCGUGUGGGAUUAGAACGAUGCCACCUUAUCCCAUAGUCCAGCCAAUAAUGCGAUUCACAUUCGUAUAUACGCAGCUAAUCAACGUGGUUGACAGGCUAUGACAGCGUCCUUAUGUGCCGACACCGGAGUUUUAGCUAGCAAAGCGGCGUGGCUGAUGUGGAGUGAAGCCUCGUUAAUGAAUAUGUACAACCAUUGGAGAUGUGAGCAGGACAGACGGAACAACUGACGGAAAAAGUGUGGACUUUAUACCAGUUUUUAAAUUGUGUUGAUAGGCCACGUAAAACCAGAGUUAUGAUAAAAAUAUAUGUAAUGUUUGGUUUUCUUCCUGAAUACUAUCGUUGUUUAUAUUUACUGCGGGAAGAAACGGUGAAAACAGCGUUUUAUAAGAAAAAAGGCUCGAAAGCCUGUGAGCAAAAACAAACCCCCACCCCCUCUCUCUUUCCUAUUCGUCCAAAAAAGUACCAUGUCGACCAAUCAAAAAAUGGUAUGGCAACGUGGCAUUUAGUUGUUAAGAAACGGGGGGAAGUUUUAGGAGUGAAGGCGGUGCUUUGAGAUGUGAGAGAUUUGAGACGUUUAGCGCAAAUCUUGUGUAGUUAGUGUGUAGUGUAGUCAAUAGUUUUGUUGUGUGUGUCAGAACAAUGAGGCGACUGCUGAAUGUUACAGGUGUUACAGGAGUGAUACAUCUGCUGUUAUCAGGCCUGCAGGUAUCAGGCUGUUUUUCUCCUUUAUCUCAUAGUGGACAGAAAUCAUUUUUUGGAGUGGCACAAAUAAUUUGUGUGGCAUCAAAUUUGAUGCAGAACAGCUGAUUGUUCUGUAAAUAGUUUGACAUGUUUAUUUAAAAAU